UUAUCACUAACAUGCGCCAUCUCCACCACUCCAUCACCGCCAUGGCCCCUUCCUCCUCCCUCAGAAAAACCCCAAUUCCAAAAACCCCCGCCCCCAACCACCCGAAUUCCCCAAACUGCCCCUCCCUCUGCCGCCACUCGCCCUCCGCCACUCUUGACCUCCUCAUCUUCAUCCUCGUCCUCUUCUCCGGCGCCUUCCUCAUCGUCUCCUGCUUCUCCUAUCUCUUCCAGUCGCUCUCUCUCAUCCUACCCCCUUUCUCCAACGUGGCCGCGCAUUUCCACCGCCAUUUCGCCUUCAAUCCGCAGUCGCAACUGAUCUUCUUCACACUGUCCGCGGUCUCCUUCGUCGGCUUUGUAAUCUUCUUCGAGAUCUGCUGCGGGCACAGAUCGAGGAGGAAAGGGUGUAGGGGGCUGAAGAAGGCGAUGGAGUUCGAUUUGCAGCUGCAGGGAGAGGAGCUGCUGCGCUCCGGCGACGGGAAUAAGGCGGUGAGAGAUGUGAAUGAGCUGUCGUGGAAAGGGGGCGGCGGGCUCCACGGGGUUAGCGUCGUCUAG